AUGCGCUUUUCUAGCAUAGCCAUAAUUUUUCAAAGCGCUAGCAUCUUUACAACAACUCUAGCUGCUCGCAGGACCAGUCACUUAGAUGACCUAUUUAAGGUAUUUGAUUGUAACGGAUACUUUAUCAGGUACCCUCAAUUUUCAUCUUCACAACGUUCGGAAACAUUUCAUUCGGGCCAAGGUAGAAUGUCCCGUUCUUGGUCCGCACAAUUAGACUACUUGCUGCAGAGACCUGGGGAUGAGAGAGUUGUAUUGUUUGGAAAUGGCGCCAGCCAUGCUCUAAAGUAUUACAGCCUCGACACUUUGGCGACUGGAAAUUUUGUCGACAGUUGGAUUAAUAAUAUGGAAUUCAUCAUUGCUAUCGACAAUCUUGAUCGUGCUUGCGGUAUAAUCAUGAAAUUUACAUCUCGCAAUUGCUCAAGUGAAAUUUCGUGUCCACCACAAGAAAGUUUUUCGUUGUGCUCCAUUACAUAUUGA